UUGUGGUUAUCAUAAUUUUGUUGAUAAUGGAUCGAUGGAAGCCAAAUAAAUUCGUAAAAUUACACCAGCAACUUGGAAAUGAUUGGACUUAUUUUCCUAUUAUCGGAAAUGCAAUUAGCUUUAUAGGUAAUAAUGAAGAUUUGAUGAACAUUUUUAUGAAUUUAUCGGUACAAGGUUUCAAAAGAAAGCAUAAUGCGAUAAGUUUGUGGUUGGGUAACAUGUUUUUUGUUGGCAUAAUGGAUCCAGACCAAGCAAUUGUAGUAUUAAGGUCAACAUUAAAUAAAAACUAUAUUCACAAAUACACAAAGUAUCUCUUCGGCAACGGAUUAGUAUUCGCGCCUGUUGGUAUUUGGCAUCGUAGGCGCAAAAUUUUAGCGCCAACAUUUGCUCCAAGAUAUGUAAGCAAAUAUGUGACAGUUUUUGAGACACAUGCUAAGAUUGUAGUUAAAAAACUCGCAUCUAAAGUUGGAAAAGGAAAUAUCUCAUGUUGGGAUUAUAUCAGCCGUUAUGCAUUGGAUUCGAUUUGUGAGACAGCGUUUGGCGUGAACAUUGAUGUGCAGCGGCAACCUGAUCAUCCAUUCUUCAAUGCUUUCGUAGAAAACUUAAAAAAUAUCGCUGCUCGCUUAUGUCAACCUUGGUUACAUGUUGAUGCUCUUUACAAAUUAUUGCCUGUGUAUAUAAGACAAGAGCAUACGAAGAAAAUAAUAUAUGACUUCGUGAAUGACCUUAUUUGUAAAAAGAAAGCACUGAUUGAAGAAAGAGAUGGAAUUGAAGCGGAAGUUGAUAACCAGUUAAUGAUAGAGAUUUCUAAGAAUAUUGAUAAAGCAUAUACACUCGAAGAAUUACGGGAAGAAAUACUUGUACUUGCGUUGGCGGGUACUGAUACAUCAACAGUAGGAAUUUGCUUCACAAUUUUAUUAUUGUCCCAAUAUUCAGAUGUACAAGAAAGAGUAUACAAAGAAAUUCAAGAAGUUUUAAGCGAUUCAGAAAAGCCUCUUCAGAUGGAAGAUCUGUUCAAAUUAAAAUAUAUGAAAGCAGUCAUAAACGAAACACUGCGACUUUAUCCACCUGUUCCCUUUAUUGCAAGAUAUUGUAAGCAAGAUUUAAAACUACCUACGGGUGUAAUUUUACCGGAAGGUAGCAACGUAGUUAUCAGCAUCUGGGGCAUACACCACAAUCCUCAGCACUGGGGAGAAGAUGUGAAUGAUUUUAAUCCUGAUCGUUUUAUGUCUGGACAAAUACCUAAUGCUUUUAUGCCAUUCAGUCAUGGCCCAAGGAACUGUGUUGGUUAUCAAUAUGCGAUGCUGUCAAUAACUACAACCUUGGUGACACUCCUGCGACAAUACCGCUUCACUCCAGCUACAAAUUUCACAUACGAUAAAAAUAAUCCACUUCGACUUUCCUAUGACGUUAUGAUGAAGCAUGUUGAUGGUUUUACAGUUCAAGUAGAAAGUCGCGGAUAA